CCCCGUAGUUCAGUGCUUGCGUUCCUGCCGGUCCAAUCGUAUGUAUUUGAAAUCCGCGCGCAGACAAGUGUUUUCUCAAUUAUAUCCGCCUUUCUCCCUUCCCUCCGACCAAUACAGUUACCCUCUCGGCAUUUAAUCAGAACCCGUCGCGUAACGCAGUUCCGAAAUUGAUGCUUCAUCAUAUAUCCAUGAUACGUGCUAUGCUGAUUAAAAAUCGUGAUACGUGAAUGGGAAGAAUUUGGCCAAAAUUAUUUUGAGUGUUAGGUGUAUGGUGCUCGUUAAAUCGUAGACUGGAAUUUCUCGCGAGUGGGAAAAGGACACCAAUUGGUGCAAUUUCCGGGCUUCAUCCCAGCGCAUCAUUUAUUCCAGAUAUAUCGUUCUUCUACACUCAUCGACGAUCAACAUGGCCUGAAAAAAGUAUUGAUUAAUUAAAAAAAAAUAUUUUGCUUGAAAAAAACAAAAUGGCCGUGGACCGGGGAGCCGAGGAUACCUAGACCAAGAGAAAGGUGGAUGUUCAAGGAAGCUUCAAAGGGGAUUGCAUCCGCCAGCGCAAUUCGAGAAGAAACGGAAGUGGAGGAAACGUGUGCGGAAGGAUACGCGGUCCAUUCCUGGUCCGUCAUCCUGGCGGCAUGGUCCUUUGGGCCACUAUACUAUUCCUUCAAGGAGCUGGUCUCGUGGGCUCGAUAACAGGCGUACCUGGCGUUCCGGAAAAUAUAACAGUGAUGUUCCUGACUUCCACGUCGGUUCGCGUCUCCUGGAGCACCAGUCAGGUCGAUCAAAUUGAAAAAUACGACGUGAUGUACAAGCCGACAGAUGCCAGGAACCAUACCGACAGUUACAGGGUGGUGGCGGUGGUCGCAGGAAACAGUGAAGCGGUCACUCUGAGCGGGCUUAGGGCGAACACACAGUACCAAUUAGCCGUGACGGCAGUCAGAGCUGGCAAGAAACUACGAAGCCGUCCCAUCUUCUUCCGUACCCUUGUCGAAAUAAGUUCAGAAUCGCCACGAACUUCACCCCAGCAUGGUUCACCAACAGAAAAUCCUUUACAUCCCCAACCACCACCGCUACCCUCGGCUCAACAACCCCAACCAUAUAUUCAAAUUCGUGGCGUGGAGGUUGGCAUCGUUGUUUUAGUGCUGAUCGUAUGGGCAGGCGCGAUAGCACUGUUCUUCAAUCGCUGGGGAAAGAUACGAAUGCUGCUGCCGUAUCAGCCCGACUACAAGGAACAGUUGAAAGUUCCUGGAACGGGUGUCUGUGCAGCAGCGAAUGCUGCCUGUACGCAACAUUCUUCGCAGCAUGCCUGUUCUCAGCAUCUGCACUGGUCGAAUCAUCAUGUGGAUUCCUUGGACAGCGGUGGAGGAAUAAGUUGGCAUAGACCCAACAGACCACGUGUCAACAGUGCCAUUGAUGUCGCAGGUUUCCUUUCACAGGAAUUCUUGAGACGGCACGGAUCCACUUCGCGACUUUGCCGCAAGGUUCGCAGUGCAGACAAUUUGCCUCUGGCUUCUUCGAACCGUCACCAGGAUCGGCAUAGAAAUUCACGGGACGAAGGAGUCGAAAAUGACAGGGAGACCUUCCUAAAGAGUUGCCAGGAUCAGAGAGAUAGGAUUGAAAAUAUUGAAUCUAGACGACAAGCCAGUCUUGAGAGCGGCCCUAAGGAUAAUCCAGAAACUUCUCUUCUCGAAUCAUCUAAUCAACAGCAGCCAUCCUCUAGGGACGGCGUCGGGACGUCCGCGUCUUCAGUUGCGCGCCGCCUCGGGGGAUGGCGAGUCGGCGGAAAUCACGAAUACGUUCGUUGUCCGGUGCAUCAACCUGCUUCCAUGGACGAAAGGUUCUGCCGGAAAUCAUGCGACCCGGACUGCCCCCGACUGUCUCGUUAUCACGCUCAUCAUCAUCAACGUCAUCGGCCGGAUACGGAUUAUCACUCGAAGAGUUGCGAUUACGCCAGAUGCACAAAAGACUCCAGUAUCGACGCACAGCACUUCGGCCUGCCGAUACUCAGCAUCUCCGAACCUAGUCCACCCGAUGAGAUCGAACGAGUCGAUGAUUAUUUGUAGAACUUGCUUGGCGAGGAUGUCCUCAAGGAACUCCUCGUAUGACUGUGUGUCAGUUUAAUGACGUGGAUCGACGAGUUUGAGACCAAUUUUUUCAAAAUUUUCCUUAGUCUACGAUUUUCAAUGUGAUACCGACUACUCCCGUUACCACCAGCGCCAUCACAGCUUCGACUGUAAAAACAAUAUAAUUUAAACGUACAACGAUGUAAACGGUUGCGUGAUACAAAUUUACAUAAAUUCAACGAAAUCUCUAUGAUAAAGUGGGAACAGUCGAAUUAUGUUAUUCGCGUCUUCAUCAAUACCGCGUGUGAAGACAAUAAAGCUUGUGGGAACAAAGAAACAUAUCCGUCGCGAAGAAUGUCUAACAAUAAGGGUGUCUCCGUCAAGCGUCUCUUCUUCAUUCUAUUGUACGUUCACUCGAAGGAACUUGCAUUUUUCUUUAGUACCUUCAAGUGGCAAGAUCGAUAUUGAGUACUGGAUGUUUACAAGUUAAACUCAUUUACGUCCUUCUCGCUGCUUUUACGCUUGAACAAUUUUUCAGCAGGGUAAGCGAAUUGGCGGCAGUUAUUUAUAUUCCUGAGCUUCAAAGGAUGAUCCGUUAAACGCGUGAUAUUAUCGCAUAACCAAUUUUCCUUUCUUGAACAAAACAAAAUCUCGUUACAUAUCCUUUGCGUUGAAAAAGAAAAACAGAGACGUUCCAAGGAGACACGAUCUAUCUACGUAAAAACACAGGAAGUAGCAAUGAGAGUAUUUGAGAAACUAAGUAUAUUUAUAAAAGCGCGCCAAAAUGACAAUGAGGAAUAUUCCUGUCCAAAUUACUUGUGUCUCUCUUACCGUGAUCACCGUGACCGUAAAUGGGUUUCAAAGCAACUCUAGUCAUGUAUAUCUAUAUUCAUGCAUAAAGGACAUGUAUAAACGUAUAUAAUCGGAUUAUGUCAUAUAUGUAUACACAUGUACCGCGUAUGUACAGUAGAUAAUGUGCCGUUAUAGAAACGGCAAAGUAUAAAAGAAAAUCGAUAACAUAACCUUACUAUUGCAACCUCCAUAUGUAUAUUCUCUUACGCGCCUCAUUGAUCCGACAUGGUGACCCAUGGAGACUGGGACAAAAAAGGCAUGUCGUAUCGCCGCCCUUUUGUAAAUAUUCAUUUUCGUUCCUGGGAUUUUCACUUUGUAUUUACCCAAAAUUGGGAUAGACGCUCGAACAAGGGUGGGG